AUGAAGUAUUUUCUAGUCAUAUCAUUAUCGAUUCUGGUAUGUUUAGCUCACUGUAAGUUUGCAAUUGAAGAAGUGGACGAGUUUGAGGAGUUUGAGGAGUUGCCUAGAACUGAACCUGACCUGAAACUGAAGGAUGACUCCUCUCCCAUUUUGGAAAAAGCCGAGGCCGAAGUCACUGUCGAAGAUGAUGACGAAUUUGAACAUUUUAACGAUGAAGAGGAAUUUGAAGGUUUUGACACUGAGAGAUUACAUGUCGAUGACAAGGAUCCUAAAAUUACCAUUGCUUCUGUACCAGUACCUUUUCAUACGAAGUGGUCGAAUUAUAUAAUGGAAACACUAUUAAUUGUUGGUAUUGUUGCAUAUUUUGCAAAUUUUUUCUAUGGUCGGUCAAAGAAUGCUCAGUUGGCAGAUAUAUGGUUUAAGACGCACAAAUCUUUAUUAGAAGAUAAUUUUUCUUUAGUUGGGGACGAUGGUAAAAUUGAAAUAGAGAAUAGUGGCUUGAUCAAAGAAACUGAAAGUACAUAUACAUUAUGGUGCAGUGGUCGCACUUGCUGUGAAGGAAUGUUGGUUGAAUUAAAAUUCAUUAAGAGACAAGAUUUGGCUUCUAUGUUGAAUCAAUUCUUGCGACCUGUUAAGGACGAAGUACAAAUUAAAGUUGAUAUGAACAAAGAAGAUAUGGAUACAUUUGUAUUUUGUGUGGCAUCUAAAAAAACAGCAGCUCGGUGUUCAAAAGAAAUGGCUGACCUUAGUGUAUUUUGUCCAGAACGUAAGCCUGGAGCCAAUUAUGGUUUGACUGAUAGUUUUAGUGUACACAGCGAAUUAGCCGAGGUAUCUUCAUCUAUAUUGGAUGCAAAGACUGUCAACUAUAUUAACAAAUACUCAGAUGUUAUAGACUGCUUACAUUUUUCUGAUAGAUAUUCAGGACUUAAAUUAACAGAUGAAACUGCAGUUCCCACUAAGUUACCAGCAGUCAAAAAAGUAUUGAUAUUCACAUUUACUAUUCCUACUGAUAAAUAUACUGAUCCUCAGGAAGCCAUUAGUACUAUAUACCCGUUAAUGUCAUUUAUAUUCCAAUGUAUGGAACGUAUAAAAAGGUUGAGAAUCAGCAAAGAGGCUAAAAUUAAAGCAGAAAAAAAUAGACUACGUGUUGAGGAAGCAUUUUUAAAAACUACUCAUGCUGCUCGGGCUGAAGCAGCCGCCGCCAGAAAAGAAGAAAAGAAAAAACUGGAAAAAGAACGAAUUUUAAAAGAGGAUCCAGAGAAGCAACGAAAGUGGGAGGAGAAAGAGAUGAAACGUCAACAGAGGAAAAAGGCACCAAGAAUGAAACAGUUAAAAGUAAAGUCUAUGUAA